CGCACUUGAGUUUUGAAUUAUUUUGCUUUUCUGUCUGAGUCGCUCGCUAACUGGCUUGGGUGCACCAGAAUGGGACUGAUGCUGUUGUCAAGAUGUCCAGGAGUACAUCUUUUGAAACGCAACGUUCAAUCCCGAACACAUAGACUAGUUUGGUUAGAAUGCCAGACGUCCAGGGGACAACGAAAUGGGCGAGAGGUGAGUGGGAAAAGCCUUUGGCACGCGCUUCGCUUUUACACCCGAGGAGAUGCACCUCUCUCGUGCCUUGUGUUCCACUUGGACAGUUCCCCAUACCGCACCAUUUGUUGAGGAGCUCAUGGACAACCACGGUCAACUUUGCAAACUACAGCUCCUCAACAGACUCAGAACAAGCAACAGAAACGAAACAAACCCCAACUUGGAUACCCACUGAGGAUGUCAAAAGGAUAUUACAACUUGCCCACCCUGAGCGCUUGCGACUGUCAGCGGCUGUGGGUUUCCUGGUGGUUUCCAGUGCUGUCACCAUGUCGGCGCCCUUCUUUCUUGGCCAGGUUAUUGACACCAUCUACUCCAGCUCCUCAGAGGACUUCAGUGCCUCCCUCUGCUCUCUGUGUUUCACGCUCUUAGGGGUGUUCCUCUGUGGGGGCGCUGCCCGUGUCUACCUCAUGCAAAUCUCAGCUGAGUGGCAACAGAUUGUGAGAAAUAUAAGUGUAACCCUAUUCUCCUCCAUUCUGAGGCAGGAGGUGGGUUUCUUUGAUAAGACUCGUACCGGGGAGCUCAUUAACCACCUGUCUGCGGACACGGCUUUGGGUGGCUUUACAGGUUCCAAAGGUAACAGAGCAAGCUUAAAAGACGAGCUGAAUUGCCUCAUGUUUCCUGGCCUCUCCUUCCCUCUCUGCCAACAGUUUUACGUGUCACCCAGUUUAGCAACCUUUGUGCUGAUGAUCGUGCCUCCUAUGGCUGGCCUGGCUGUCAUAUACGGGAGAUACCUGCGCUCCAUAUCCAAACGCACACAGGACUCUCUGGCCGAGGCCACACAGUUGGCAGAAGAGCGUAUCAGCAACAUGAGGACAGUUCGGGCGUUUGGUAAGGAGCUGACAGAGGUGGCUAAGUAUACAGAGAAGGCCAACUACAUUCUCCACCUGGCCAAACAGGAAGCCGUUUUGCUGGCCGGGUUCUUUGGCGUGACAGGACUCAGUGGCAACAUCAUCAUCUUCUCUGUGCUGUAUAAGGGAGGGCUAUUGAUGGCCACCGAACACAUAACUGUGGGAGAGCUCUCUUCCUUCCACAUGUACGCCUUCUGGGUGGGCAUUAGCAUUGCAGGGAUGAGCUCGUUCUACUUUGAGCUGAUGAAGGGUUUUGGAGCAGGGGCACGGCUGUGGGAGCUAUUGGACAGGAAGCCUGAGUUUCCCCUUAAUGAGGGUAUUGUGCUGAGGCCAGAGCAACUGAAGGGUAAUCUGGAGUUCCAGAAUGUCUCCUUUGCCUACCCAACCCACAAAGAUGCCCCUAUCUUCCAGGACCUUAGUCUCUCCGUGCCUGCCGGCUCUGUCAUGGCCGUGGUAGGCCCCAGCAGAUCGGGCAAAUCCACCCUGGUCUCCCUGCUGCUCAGGCUCUAUGACCCAGACUCAGGUGUGAUCACUAUUGACGGGCAUGAUGUGAGAGAUUUGAAUCCUUAUUGGCUGAGGAGUCACAUUGGAACUGUUAGUCAGGAGCCUGUGCUCUUCUCCUGUUCCAUUGAUGAGAACAUUGCCUAUGGAGCUCCCGACUCUGACACGGUCACAGUUCAGGAAAUCCAGCAGGCUGCACAGAUCGCCAAUGCCUACGAGUUUGUCCACGGUUUCCCCGAAGGCUUUGACACUGUGGUGGGAGAGAAGGGUGUUCUACUGUCAGGUGGUCAAAAACAGAGAAUUGCUAUUGCAAGGGCUCUGCUGAAGAACCCCAAAAUACUUCUACUUGAUGAGGCUACAAGUGCCCUGGAUGCAGAGAAUAAGUUCCUGGUCCAGGAGGCUCUGGAGCGGCUCAUGGAUGGGCGCACUGUGCUGAUCAUCGCCCACCGCCUCACCACCAUCCAGAACGCUGACGCCGUCCACGCCGCAAAGCUGUCAUCAAGCUAA